AUGCCGAUCUCGAACUCAAAUUGCAUCCCUGAACCUCUGAAAACAACAGACAUAGAAGACUACGAAUAUAUGUUUACCAAUGCCAUCUGGAACACUACGCCAGAGCUUACAUUCGUUCAACCCAGCCAGGAAGCAUACUUUGAAAUUGCGCCUGCAUCGGCCGUACCUCCUUCGCUUCUCGAAGCACUUGAGAUCGAGAUCCACAGUCGCCUCACCUUCAUGUUCAACUGCAUGAACAGUGGGAUCCUUGACGAACUACCAGCCCUCAGCAGUGACCUCCAUUGGACACUUUGCGCUCUUUCGGAUGAUUAUCCCGUCUUAACCUUAUUAGACAGCCUAGGCGUAGCUGUAGAAAUUCUUGUUGAGCGGAUGGUAGCCUCUACUACUGCUUCUUAG